AUGGUCAUUUAAGGCCUUGCCCUUCUCAAUAAUACGAGGAUCUAAUUGCUUGAUUUUUAUUAUAGGCUUUUCUAUAAGAAUAUCUAAGGAGCUCUUGUAGGAGAAAUCGUUUAUCCACUCUCCAAUUUUAUCUUAACACUACUUUAAAUACUCCUUCAAGUUUUUUCCAAUUUAUCUUCCAUUUUCAUAUAUGUCUUAGAGCUAGUAGAAGAUAGGCUAAUAAAGGAAAUCAAAAUUAGACUCCAUGUUUGUAAUUUUAAAGGUGUUAUUCAAAAAUGCAAUACAAAUUCUCAAAAAAGCUUGCAAAGCGCUAUGACUUAAGCUUUUUUCAUUAUUAAUGAUAACACUCUCAAAUAAAUUAUCAAAAGUAAUCAAUCUUUAUUUAUCAUCAUCUUUAUCAUUAUUCUAUUGCAAAGUAGCAUUUGUAUUUUUUCCAUCAAUGUUGCUAGUAACAAGCUAUUUUUAAAGGAAGAUAAAUAAAUAUCUCAUUCCAGAGUAAAGUUCGGGCACAUGAUCACGACACUUACGCCAGCAAUUGAAUCCAACAGUAAAAUAGCUUAAAAUUAGCAAGCAAUUUUUGAAUUGCUCACUUUCACUCAUGCAUAAUGA